AUGACAGACCAAAGAACUUUGCAGAAUGGUAGUGCAGCGACACGAUUAGGUGAAGGAAAUGAAGGAAAUUUACAUUCUCAACUCAUGAGUGGAGCUUUAUCUCCUCUCCCAUAUCUCCCCUUACCUCCUGCUAACAAAGCUCAGGAUUUGGCCUCAAACUUAUUUCGCAAAUACGGGGAAAACUUAUAUACAUGGAAUGCACACGAAAUUUACCAGAGACGGUACAUCGAAUACUUGGAGUCUCAAGGAAUACAAACAGAUGGAAUAGCUGAAGCUGAUUUAUCUACAAUCAUACAAAGUUCUUGGUCGAAAGAAUCAACUAAGGUAAAAGACUUUUAUCUGACGGUCGAAAGACUUUGCUCUCCGACGUCAUUUGAAUCCGUCAUGUCGCCAAACUCGGAUGAAUUACCUCCUCCAACAUACUUUCAAGAAGAAACCGGUUCAGAUUUUUGUUUAUUCUAUACAAAUAAUCAUCAAACCACAAUUGGACCACCAACUCCAAUGUCUGUUACCGCUAGCCCUUUUGAUUCUUUUAAUUAUAGAUCAGAACAUGACGGUGGUGAAAAGCUUUUCUUCCCAUCGCUACUUACUGCCGCGCAAAAAGUUUUACUCACUCCUGAUGUUUUAUACGGUAUUUCUUCUUAUUUUGACCGCCAAGAUGACCUCUUGAAAUGUGUUUUUGUACAUCCUGUGUGGGCGAUAGUUUUCAUAAAGCAACUAUGGAAAGCUCCAAUAUGGAAAACAAAAGAGUCUGUUAGUCUCUUUUUACGUACUCUUCGAAAAGUAAAAUCUUGCUUUUUAUAUGGUCAUAUGGUACAUAGGGUCGUAUUUAAAAUAUAUAGACCUUAUGAUACCUCUUCAGCUUUUACCGCUAAUGAUCUUAGAGUUAUCUCUCGAAAGUGUCCUAAUUUGAGGCAUCUUACCUUUGCUACCACGGCUCCACCUUUCUCCCAUUCAAAUGUUGAACUUCUUUUAAAUUCUUCUCCUAAUCUAAUCACUUUUACUGUCCUUGAUUGUGAUAAUCAAUGGUUAGAAGGUGCUCUUACGCCGUUACGCCAAGGUCGAUGUCCUAAAUUACACCAUUUAGAGAUAAAUGAUUGUAAUAGAUCUUGGUCUUUUAAUGUUCUUAGAGAUAUUGGUGAAAAUUGUCCAAAUAUUAUUUCUUUGAAAUUAUAUCAAAGAGUAAAUAAUUUAAAUUUAGCAAAGAUGAUUGUCAACUCUUUUCCAAAUCUUCAAACUUUUGAAUGUAAAUAUAUUAACGAAGCUGGAUUACAAGGUCUUAUCAAUGGUUUACAUAAUCUUAAAUCUUUAAGUGCUCAAUUCGAAAAUGAUAUUAAAGUAUCGGAAUCUUUGGCUCCUAAAUUUGCUAAAUUAGAAGCUCUUAGAAUAAGAGCUAUUCAUGUUCAAGAUCAUAAUCCUCUUUUCUCUGUUGCUUUUUCUCAACAUCAACCUUGUCUUAGACAAUUAUAUUUAGCUACUUUACACAUUACUGAUAAAACUAUCAAGAUGAUCGCUAUGAAUUGUCUUCAUUUAGAAUCAAUUGAAUUAUUUAUGUGUUUUUAUCUAACUGAUAUAGCUAUUUCAACUAUUGCUCAAUAUCGUGGAAAAAGACUUAAACAUUUAAUGUUAGCUUAUAAUGCUUAUAUUACUGAUGCUGGAAUAAAUCAAAUAGCUACUCAUUGUACUGAAUUAAGAUCCGUUGUCAUCAUAUCAUGUGCAAGAUUAACUAAUGUUGCAUUCAAUAAUAUAGCUAGAGAAUGUAAAGGUCUUGUUGAAGUUACUGUAAGACAUGAUUCUUGUCAAAUGUUGGCUUCUAUUGUUCAUACUUUGGCUACUAGGAAUAAAGGAACUUUAAAAGUUUUGAAAGCUUAUGAUGUUAGCACUAAAGAAAUGGAUAAAAGAUUAAAAUAUAAAGCUGAUGUGAAUGUUUUAGAAAGACUUGCUAUACGAUGUCCACAAAUAAGAACUUUGGUACUCAAAUGCUGUAUUCAAGAAAAAGAUCCAAGUCAACUUGUUAAGGCAAUUCACAAAUUUAAAAAUCUUGAGGAAUUACAAAUUUCAACAUCUGUGAAAUUCUCGUCUUCACACAUAAAACAACUAGAAAAACAUAGAAGAUUAAAGUAUGUUACUAUUAUUUACGGACCUCUCUUAAAUGCUCGAUCUCGUAUUCAAGAAUCUAGACUUGAAUCAACAGUUGGAAUGAACAUUACUUUACUUACUCCGGUAACUGAUAAUUAA